ACACGAAGUCUCGCAUUUUUGGAUUUGCGUUUCAUGCUGGGGGUCAGCUGCAGCAGCGGAGCCGCAGUGAGUGGCAUGUUCCAGCGUCUAGCCCUCUGACCAGCUGCCGUAUGUACAUGCAUGGACAGGACACGAUCAUAACUACUGUCGCAGACCAGACUUACAUCUAAAGCGCAUGGACAGACUCUGAACACUGACUUCGUGCAGACAGGCUGAGGCUCCACUGGGGGAAAAGGAAGAGAGGAAGACAGGGCAAAAGGGAAAAAGAGACCAAGACCCAGAGAUACACUGACAGAGAAACAGAGAGAGAGCCUCAGUGUUCCCUAACUCUGUAAAGGUAAGGGUAGCAGAGGAGACAUACAAGAGGCAGUGUGUUCAGGAGAGCCCAGGGCAUUUGGGCUGCGUUACCUCUUUAGCCCUCUAGUGGGUGCCCUCGCCCAUAUCAGGCCUGGAGGGACAUGGCCAUCUGAAAGACUCUUCUCUCUACCACCUUCCACCACUCCCUCUAUCGGUCUCUUUUUUUCAACAACGUAACUCUAAUCAACUCUCAUUGCCAUGGAGAAGACAUACUCCCUCACAGCCCACUACGAUGAGUUCCAGGAGGUCAAGUAUGGUGGUCGCUAUAGUAGCGGCACCCUUAGCAACGGCAUGAGCCUGCACUUGGGCGGGAGCCUAGACCGAAAUAUUGGGCGUGGCCGAGGCAAAGGGGGCGGGGCCAGUGAUCGGAGUCGGGACCUGAGUGGCAUCAACAGCGGACAGAGACGUCCUCGUUGGAGCCGCAGGGAGAUCUGCCUGCUCUCUGCUCUGGUGUUUGCUGUGGGGAUGUGUGUCAUCCUGGGCAGCAUGCUGGCACUCAAAUACAUCUCCCUGGACUUCCAGCAAGAGGGGCACUGCAGACAGGACUGCCAGAAGAAACGCUCGUUAGUCCGCGCCGCACGCUUCAUCCAGGCCAACAUCGACCCCACCAUCCAGCCCUGCCAGGAUUUCUACAGCUUUGCCUGCGGCGGCUGGCUACAGCGCCAUGGCAUCCCAGAGGACAAGCUGAGCUACGGCAUCAUCACCGCCAUCGGAGAGCACAACGAGGAGAAGCUACGACGCCUCCUGCUGGAGCCCGUGCGCCGGCACACCGUGGACUCGGCUGAACGCAAGGUGAAAGAGUUCUACCGCUCCUGUGUGAACAUCCAGGAGAUUGACAAGCUGGGGUCGGGUCCCAUGACGGAGGUGAUUGACAGCUGUGGCGGGUGGGACCUGGUUGGAGUGCCCUCUGGUGGUGCGGGGUGGGAGAGCAGUACUGCACCAGCCAGACCAGACUUUAACGAGCUGCUCUAUAGGACCCAGGGGGUGUACAGCACUGCGGUCUUCUUCUCUCUGACUGUCAACGUGGACGAUAAGAACUCCUCACGCAACGCUAUCAGGAUUGAUCAGGAGGGGCUCACACUGCCUGAGAGGACUCUGUACCUGGGGCAGGAUGAGGACAGUGUGAAGAUCCUGGCAGCUUACAAGGCCCUGAUGGAGCGUCUGCUAAGCAUGCUGGGGGCUCACAAUGCCACUCAAAAGUCCAAAGAGAUCCUACAGCUGGAAACACUCCUAGCCAACAUUACUGUGUCUGAGUAUGAUGACAGAAGAAAGACAUCAACACUAGUACAACCGCAUCACCUGAGACAACUACAGCGCAUCGCUCCUAGUCUGCAUUGGAAACGUUUGUUGGACAGAAUCUUCCAUGAUAACUUCUCUGAGGAUGAAGAGAUUGUGGUGUUGGCUACUGACUACAUGGAGAAAGUCUCCGAGAUCAUCAAGACCACCUCCAAAAGGGUUCUCCAUAACUACAUGCUGUGGCGGAUUGUAGCAGCUCUCAGUGAACACCUGUCCACGGCGUUCCGGAGCACCAUCCAUGAGUUUUCCCGGGAGAUUGACGGUACGGAGCGUCAGCUGGAGCUGGGGAGGCUGUGUUUCACCCAGGCCAACAAACACUUCGGCAUGGCCCUGGGAGCACUCUUCGUCCAGCAGCACUUCUCUCCUCACAGCAGGGCCAAGGUACAGGAGCUGGUAGAGGACAUAAAGCACUCACUGGACCUCCGGCUGCAAGAGCUGGACUGGAUGGAUGAGGUGACCAAGGAGGCAGCCAAGGCCAAGCUGCAGCAUAUGAUGGUGAUGACAGGCUAUCCAGACUUCCUACUCAAACCAGAGCUCAUAGACCAGGAGUAUGGGUUUGAUGUGGAUGAAAAUACCUAUUUCAAAAACAUCCUCAACAGUAUUAAUUUUAACAUCAAGAUGUCUGUCAAGAAGAUCCACAAGCAGGUGGACAAGACCGCAUGGCUCCUUCCCCCUCAGGCCCUCAAUGCCUACCAUCUCCCAAACAAGAACCAAAUGGUAUUUCCCGCUGGAAUCCUUCAGCCCACGCUGUACGACCCUGAGUUUCCACAAUCUCUGAACUAUGGAGGAAUAGGAGCCAUCAUCGGUCAUGAGCUGACACAUGGAUAUGAUGACUGGGGUGGCCAGUAUGAUCGCCAUGGAAACCUGAAGCAGUGGUGGACGGAGGAGUCAUACAAGAAGUUUCAGAAGAAAGCAGAGUGCAUCGUCAAACUCUACGACAACUUCACCGUCUACAACCAGAGGGUGAAUGGCCGUCUGACUCUGGGGGAGAAUAUAGCAGAUAUGGGAGGCCUUAAACUGUCUUACUUUGCAUAUCAGAAGUGGAUCAGAGAACAUGGUCCAGAAAGACCUCUCCCUGGACUCAAAUACACACAUGAACAACUACUCUUCAUCGCCUUCGCACAGAACUGGUGUAUGAAGAGACGGUCUCAGUCCAUAUACCUGCAGCUACUGACUGACAAGCACGCACCAGAGCAUUACAGGGUGAUUGGCAGCGUGUCCCAGUUUGAUGAGUUUGCCCGAGUGUUUCAUUGUCCAAAGGGUUCCCCCAUGCAUCCUGUCAACAAGUGUUCUGUAUGGUGACCUCUGAACUCCUCCACCCACCAACAACAAGAACUUACCUGUGACCUCUCCUCGCCAACCUGUCUGAGGUGUUCUGUUCAGAUUCACUUCCAUCUCAAUCCUGGGACUACCUUUUUCUCUUAUCACAGAAUUUGCAAGCAAAUAAUGACAUCUCCACCAGGCAAAACCAUGAUUACUCAUGUACAUAUCCAGUGCUUGACUUGGGCAGGAGUUCACCGGUGCGGAGUACUGGCAUCUCAAAUGUUCUACCGCUUGAGCUCCUGUUCCUCUUAUAGAAUAUUAUUAGCUCAAAGUAUUGUGGAGCUCCUGUACCCAAAAUGAGUACCGG